ACAACACAAACAAGCGCCGCUCGGAAGAAAAGUGCCGCCAAUAACACCAAAUCCUUCCAACAAGCAUGACCUCCGAAUGUGCAGUGGCUUCACGCCGGGACUGAACUUCCUGUAGGAGAAAAAUUUGCCUGCAAGACAUUGCCGCCUGUUCAGUCCGCCGCCGGCUGUAGCCUCUAGCUUGUUGUGUUGGCGCCGUGACACAAGGGGACAAAAGCGUGUAGGGACGACAAGUUGUGUGGGGAGGGGACAACCCUGUGACAUCAUCUGCACGACAGUUGGUACAAGUUGUUGUCACAGCUUGUCGAGACACCCUUCACAAGAAGAAGCUGCCUGGAUGAGUGAUUCAACUUCACCUCUCAACUCAGUCUUGAGGGGGUUUGAACAGCGCUAUUAAUUAUGGCUCAAUUGAGCCCAUUGGCCCACACGUCGCCCGGUGGAAAGCGCAAACGGCCAGGCAGUCCUGACGAAGCAACCCCAGCAAGCAAACGCGGAAACGACAUGCCUUCAGCUUUCGGUCUCAUCGACGCCAAUACCCCCGAGGAACGCUCGGACCUGAUGGGCCCCCGGCCUAACCUCACGCCCCUCGGCACCAUCUCGUCCAGCAGCACGGCGUCCUUCUCCUCGCCGCCGCGCCUGUCGCACACACCGACCACGGACUUUCAGCCGCCCUACUUCCCCCCUCCCUACAACCUUCCCCCGCAGCAGACGCAGCACGAUUUCCACCACCCGAUGAACGCCGACCCCUACUCGCACCUGAACAGCCUGCACCACUCCCAGCACCAGCAGUACCCCCAGCUGCACCAGCAGCGCCCGCCGCAGCCCGUCCUCAGGCACCGCGAGGACGAACAACACCUCCAGCACAACUUCCACCCCGGCAUCAUCCCACAAAUGACACCGAGCUUCGACCGCCGGCCAGAUCUCGACUCCUACCCCAUGCGCAGGCCAGAGACCAUCAUAACAAAUCCAAGAUUAGUCCCUAUGAUCGGCGCCCAGGCGAAUUAUAUCCAAGAGUUUCGCAGUCUGAAAACUUGGAGAGACACAGAUGCAGAGGGCGCUGUGGACGACACGCCGAACUACAUCCCUGCAGAAAACACCAGCUCCGUCAUCAGAAGAGUUGGUAUCAGGCCAAAGAAUAACCAUGUUGGAGACAACAAGGACAUGCAGCUCUCCGGGGUGACCUCUCCCACAGAUGUGUUCUGCUCGGUCCCCGGUCGCCUGUCCCUGCUGUCCUCCACCUCCAAGUACAAGGUCACGGUGGCAGAGGUGCAGCGCCGACUGUCGCCCCCAGAAUGCCUCAACGCCUCCCUGCUAGGCGGCGUGCUCAGAAGAGCGAAAUCCAAAAACGGCGGUCGGUGUUUGAGAGAGAAGCUGGAUAAGAUAGGACUGAGUUUGCCGGCGGGAAGACGCAAGGCGGCUAAUGUGACGCUGUUGACGUCGUUGGUGGAAGGUGAGGCGAUACAUCUGGCGAGAGACUUCGGUUACGUAUGCGAGACGGAGUUUCCCGCCAAACAGGUUGGAGAGUUCGUUGCUAGGCAACACGAUCCCAGUGAAGUCCACGCCAGGAAACAAAUGAUCAUCGCAACCAAACAGAUAACGAAGGAGAUUCAGGACUUGUUAGCUCAGGACCGAUCACCGCUGUGCAACAACCGGCCCCAGGCCAUCCUGGAUCCCAACCUGCAGCGCUGCCUGACGCACUUCUGCCUGAUCACGCACGGCUUCGGCACCCCCGCCUUGUGCGCAGCCUUCACCGCCCUUCAGAACUACCUGACGGAGAUGCUGAAGUACUUAGAGAAGACCUACCCGUCCUCGGGCGGCAACAACACAACAGGCGCGCACCAAAACAGCAUGGACGCGCCCAAGAACGGCACGGACAAGAUGGAGGACGGGAAGUGAUGACGAUGAUGCGAGGAUUCUUCAUCUUUCUUUAUGUCCAUGACAUGAUUUGACGACUCCACCCUGCCACCCCCAAACAGCCAAUGGCAGACCUUCUUCUACCUGCUAAUCACACAUCACAGCCAAUAGAACACGAGAAUUAAGAAAAAAGAACUUCAAUCAGCAAAUGAACAGCCAAUCACGAUCAACAAUCAAGCAGUCCAAUCAGAUACAAGUGAGCGGUGUUCCGUUAACCAAAAACUGUUGGCUACGAGUUUUCCGGACUUGUACUUUUGAACUGUUGACUUUGAACCGAUGUAGGUUGGAUCAGUGAUGAUAUGGACAUGCUCAUUUGAAAUGCACAGAUAUAACAUUCUUUCUACCGACCUUCAUGCCAAAAAACAGAGUGCCAUGUGUCUGAAAAUCUAGGGGUUAUGCGACAGUGUAUUGAUGCCAUAUGAACUCUUCUGUGUUGGUGGUGGAAAUGUACACAUAGGAAUUUUUUGUCGUUUGGAAACUAUAUCAGAAUUAUUAUUGUGCCCUUGUUGCCAAGGUAUAUAGACUUAAAAAAUCAGUACAUCAGGGAAUGGAUGGGGUGAUUAAGUGGAACAGGGCUAGAGGGAUCGAACCCAGGACUCUUGUCUCUAAAAGCAUUAGAGCGACAUAUCAGAAUGUUAAAACGACUCUACAACUUGCAUCUGGAUGUUGGAGGGUCUAAUCAACAUUUCCUGCCAUAUUCCCCACGGCCACUUCUUCCCCUCCGGCAAGAGAAAUUAAAUUAUUAAUGUAAUUUGAAACCACAAAACGUCAUAACCACUUCAACAUUUUCGAAUUACAAGCCACGAAAACCCCUAAACGACUGAGCAAUUAUAUUUCUCAAACGUGAUGGAAUAGGGAGAUUUUUGAACGGGGAACUAAUUAUAUAGAGAAGAGAAACUGGUGGGGUGAUUUUAUCGACCAUUCCCUGUGCCGGGGAUAACAAAGGGUGUCGACUUGUCCAAAGAUCUAGCCAUAUUGGUCUGAUUUCCGUGGGAAUUAUGGAUUUAUUUUCCACGUACCAACCUUUUUGUUAGAUAAGGGAAACGCAUACUACUUGACACCCAAUUCGUUCCAAUGCUGUAUACAGACGAAGCCACACAGACUGAUUACAACAGACGGAUUCGACUUGUAGCAAUAACAUAUUUAUGAUAUUUACAGCAAUAAGGCAUGUUGAGUAGAACAACCGCCUGAAGGUGCCCUGUCUCGCCAAAAAAAGGGAACAGGGGAACACUCUUCUAUAUUUGGAUGUGAAGUCGACGAUAUUCUGGGACCCUGGGGGAAGGAAAACGUGCCAGUUUGUUAACACCCAGCAAUAAUUUUGUACGCUUACGGUAUAAAGCAGGCGGGUAGUGGAGUCGGGGGCCAUCGUGCAAUGGUAUUUUCUUGGUGCAAAGUCAUUGUUAUUGUUUUUAUUUUUCUUUGUUUUGUCUAUUGUGUUCAUAUACGCGCUUUCCUGGAUCGUCUAUUGAACGUGUUUAUGAUGAGCCAUGAAAACUCACUUUUGAUGAAAAACCUUGUAUUUUUAGCGGUGGGAUAUAUGGAUACAAUAUCCCGUGUCUGUAGAUGUGAAGAAGUUGAGACUUGUUAUAACGGCAAUCCGGGGUAGCUGGGGAUGUAGGUUGAGCAGCACCUAACUCCUAAAAGGAGGGUCAGCUGCCUAUGAUAGAUGUUUGCAAGGUGUUAUCUUUUCCGGUGCUCCAAGAGCGCCCUUUUUGGUGGAAUGUUGCUUUCUAAGGGUUACUGUAAGUUUUUCUAUAACGAUUAAUGGAAGGUGCCAAAGCUGUAUUGGUAUGAAGGGCAAUAUAUAUAUGUGUGUAUAUCCCAUUAAAUAUUCGAUGUGCUGGCGGGAAGAUGGGAAGACUAAUAUCGUUGUUUAUCUUUGUCAGAAGAAGAACUAUUUCCACAGACACCUUCACAUUGUUUGACGUCACGUCCGGUUCCGGUUCUUUUCCGUAGUGUGUACGUGUGGCGGCCAUGAUGAUAUGAUAACUACCGGUCGGUUUGUGUGUGUACCACACAGCUGGGCUACAUCUUUGUUUACAGCUAUUUAUAAAAAAAUGUUGAAACUUAUUAUGUUCUUUGAAAAGAUAUUCAUCCGUCGUCAAAUUUACAUAAAUAUAUAUAUGAUAUGUAUAAUAAAUAAAUCGUCUGGGACUGACAGGAUGUUUGGAAUUUU